CUAACAUAGAUAGUUUUGAAAGAAUAUUUAAAGCUCACUUAGAUAAUUCUAAAGUGAUUGAAUUUGAUAGUAGAAGCAAUAAUAAAGCUGAUAAAGAUAAUAAGAAAUCAGCUAAAGUGGAUCAAGUAGAUAAAAUUAUUGAAUUGGAUUGUAGAAAUAAGAUAGAAGUAGAAAAAGAAGCUUUAAAAAAUUGUUAA